AAUUUUAGUUAAAAAAAAAGGGCCUUAGGACGGGGAUCAAUGGCGCGAUUUACCGUUUUCAAAUUGAGUCGUUUUGAGAAAAACUCAGAGCGAAGCGAACAUGGCGCGACAGCUCCUCUUAGGAGCGCGGCGAAUCCUCCCCUCGUCGUCACCAAACCCAUCCCCGCUCCUCUCGAAGCUUGUACGCGCUCUCUCCUCUAAACCCUCGCCCACGCCGAUCUCACAUGGCGAUCUCCCCCAACCCUCGUUCCACCCCCGCACCAUCCAAUUCCCCCAAAUCGUUCCCCCUCGCGGUGAAACCCUAACGAGCGGAUUCGCCAUCGAGCUCGUCGAUUCCGAUCUCUGGGGCGUCUCGUUCGGCGUCGCCGAAGCAUCGGAUCGCUUCACCGCCGCCGACGAUGCGCUCUCCGAUGGCUCUCCGGUUGAGGAGGGAGAGGCCUCUGAUUUCGACGACGAGAUCGAGGAUUUGAGGCUGCGGAAGAAGUUGUUCUACAAAUUGGAUAAAGGGUCAAUAGAAUUCGAAGAGAAUAACUUCGAUUUUCACCGGAAGAAGAGGCUGUUGAUUAGGAAAACUGGUCGUGAGAAGCGCACGCAAGGUGUUCGACAAAAUGAGUGUAACAAAUUGGAGAAGAAGAAGCCGAAUUCGAAGCCGUUAUUGGAUAAUAAUACUAAAAGUGAGGGAAAGGUGAGAACUUUGAUUGAGAAUGUUGAGGCUGAGGGCAAGAGCAAGAGGGUGCGGGUUCCGACGUUCAACCAAUCGACCGAUCCUUACCAUUUACCAUUCUGUCUCGAUAUCCACGUAACGAAAGGGUCCGUUAGGGCUUGUAUUGUCCACCGGGUCACCUGCAGGGUGGUUGCUGUCGCGCAUUCGAUCUCGAAGGACAUGAAGUUCGAUUUGGGUUCGAGGAAGGGUUCGAAGGCUUGUGCUGCUGUGGGGGCGGUUUUGGCUAAGCGCGCGAUCGAGGACGACAUCCACAAUGCGGUGUACACGCCUAGGAAGGGUGAUAAGAUAGAAGGGAAGAUAGAGAUCGUGCUUCGGGCUAUCACUGAGAAUGGGGUUGAUGUGAAGGUGAAGCUCAAGCAAAGAAGACCAGUGAAGAAAAUGCCGCCGCCUCCACUUGAUGCACCUUAACGAUAAUUAAAAGAUCCAGGUCCUCAGUGGUUCAUUUAUCAGUAGAAUAGAAGGUAUGGGCACUGAAAUGGAAACCAAGACAAAUGUUUUAAUUCCUCUUAGAUUCGAUUGAGAACAAAGCAGCCACUUCUUCAACGAGGCGGCAUGUAAAAAGUAAAAACUUACAAAUGUGUAAAAAUUAUCACAUAUCUCAGGAAGUUAUGGAGGGUGGAUGCUCUCUCUCUCUCUCUCUCUCUCUCUCUCUCCAAUCCAAAAUUUGCCGCAUCUUCAAUUGUAAGAAAGGGAUUGUAAGGGGGGCACUAAACAUGAGGGCAAGGCUGGAGAACAGCAAAGGGCGCAUGAACGUGGUGACUUGUAAUCUGCUGAUCAAGUGCUUCUGCAGGAAAGGGAAGAUGGUGGAAGGUAAUGAGCUUUUGAGUGAGAUG